AUGGUUUUAAUAAUGGCGCAUAGGCGAAUUCUCUUCUUCCCAUAUGGAAACCACGUUGAGCAUGCAUCGUUCUACUUGGAACAUGCAUGGGAAAAUGAGCCACCUGAAAAUUGGUACGCUUGCGUUCAAUUCGGCCUUGUCCUGUGGAACGUAAAUGACCCAUCCAUCAAAAUCUCUCAUGUUGCGACUCAUCGGUUCAACGCGGAUGAGGGAGACUGGGGAUUCACCCGAUUUUGUGAACUACGGAGGCUGUUCAACGUACCAUGGGAAGGCCGUGGAGUAUCUCUUGUGCAGAAUGAUGAAGCUAUGGUUACUGCCUACGUUCGUGUCGUUAAGGAUCCAACGGGUGUCCUGUGGCACACCUUCCAAAACUAUGACUCGAAGAAAGAGACUGGCAUGGUUGGAUUAAAAAACCAGGGUGCCACCUGUUACCUCAACUCACUUCUACAGUCGCUAUACUUCACCAAUGCAUUCCGAAAGGCCACAUACCAAAUUCCGACUGAGGCGGAAGCCUCCCGGGAUAACAGUGCUUGGACAUUGCAGAGGUUGUUCUAUAAUCUCCAAACGAAUGAAAACCCUGUUUCAACAGCUGAGCUUACUGCAUCUUUUGGCUGGGAGUCGAGACAGAUUUUUGAACAACAGGAUGUCCAGGAACUGUCGCGCAAGCUCAUGGAGAGACUCGAGGAGAAAAUGAAAGGCACGCCAGCGGAGAAGGCAUUGCCGGAGUUAUUUGUCGGAAAGACGAAGACUUACAUUUCCUGCAUAAAUGUCGAUUACGAAUCCUCUCGAGUGGAAGACUUUUGGGAUAUUCAACUCAAUGUAAGGAACAACAAGACUCUGGAUGACAGCUUCAAGGAUUACAUUCAAGUGGAAACGCUCGAGGGCGAAAACAAGUACGACGCUGGGCCACCGUACGGUUUACAAGAUGCCAAGAAAGGUGUUAUCUUCGAAAGCUUCCCCCCCGUCCUACAUCUUCAUUUAAAACGAUUCGAAUAUGACAUCAACCGCGACGCUAUGAUGAAAAUUAAUGAUCGACAUGCAUUCCCUAUGGAAUUUGAUGCCACGCCUUACCUCUCCAAUGAUGCCGAUAAGUCAGAGCCGUGGAUCUAUCAGUUACAUGGCGUGCUGGUACACAGUGGUGAUUUGAACGCAGGUCAUUACUACGCUUUCUUAAAACCUACUAAGGAUGGAUACUGGUAUCGAUUUGACGAUGAUAGAGUUACCCGAGCUACUGACAAGGAAGUCCUUGAAGAGAAUUAUGGUGGUGAAUAUGAGCUGGCCAACGGUGCACCCGGCGUCAAGCAACCUUACACGCGUGGUCUAUCAACGAAGCGCUCCAUGAACGCUUAUAUGUUGGUUUACAUUCGGAAGUCAAGGCUGGGCGAUGUACUUCUUCCCAUAAUGAAAGAAGACAUCCCGUCUCACAUCGAGACGCGCCUGGUUGAAGAACGCGUGGAGCUGGCACGCAGGAAAAAGGAAAGAGAGGAAGCCCAUUUGUAUAUCAAUGUUGGAGUCCUGAAUGAGGAGUCUUUCAAAUCUCACCACGGAUUUGAUCUGACGAGCCUUGACCUACCAGCUGGAGACCCGGCACUUCCGAAGCAAUACCGGAUACUCAGGGCUCUAAAGGUUGGCGAGUUUGCUGAGCAACUUGCACAAGAAAAGGGCAUUGAUGCCAACCGAGUUCGAUUCUGGGUCAUGGUAAACCGUCAGAACAAGACAACUCGACCAGAUCAGGUUAUUAAGGAUCCAGAUAUGACAGUGGAAGAGGCCUACAGCAGAUUCGGUACGAAAGGGAACCCGUUCAGAGUUUGGAUGGAGGUCGGACAACCCUCCGCGGAUGGAACGGUUUCUUGGCCAGACAGCAACAACUCGGUGCUAGUCUUCUUGAAACACUUUGAUGCCCCGUCGCAGAUAUUGUCGGGUGUUGGUCCUGUAUAUGUUCGCAAAAAUCAGAAGGUAGCUGAGCUUGCCCCAGCAAUCCUUGAGAAGAUGGAUUGGCCUGCCGGUACAGAGUUCAUGCUGUUUGAGGAAAUCAAACAUAAUAUGAUCGACGUUAUGAAGCCAAAGCAGACCUUCCAGCAAUCCGAGAUCCAGGAUGGCGAUAUCAUUACAUUCCAGAAAUCGAUCAAGGAAGCGGACUUACCUUCCACUGCUCUCUAUCAGGAUGCGCGACAGUACUAUGACUACCUUUUGAAUCGGAUUAGCGUUACUUUCGCCCCUAUAAAGGCUGGCGAAGGCGAUGAAUUUACUUUAACCCUGAGCCGCAAGAUGACUUACGACCAGUUCUCUAAGAAAGUUGGUGAACAUUUGAACGUCGAGUCUACGCACUUGCGCUUCGCUCCUGUCAUGGCAAGCACGGGGAAACCCAAGCAAUUCAUCAAACGCAACCCAAACCAAGCGAACCAGACCCUCUAUCAAAUCCUCAGUGGAACAAUGGCCGGAUAUGGGUAUAGCAUGCACCGUUCUGAUGCACUGUAUUAUGAGGUUCUGGAGACAAGCUUGAGCGACUACGAGUCCAAGACUUCCUUGAAAGUGACCUGGCUUCCGGAAGGCAUUACGAAAGAGCAAGUUGUGGAAGUCUUGGUACCCCGGGAUGGCACCAUUUCAGAUCUCCUCAGCGGAUUGCAAAAGAAGGCAAAUAUUGAUGAUGACACGAUCCGUGAAGUUAGGAUCUAUGAGACGCACGCCGGUAAAAUUUAUAGAGACUUCGUGGGAGAUGCCAAAAUUGCCGGUAUCAACGAGUUCGUAACACUAUAUGCCGAAGGAAUGCCCGAGGAAGAGAUCAAUAUGGGAGAGGGCGAGCGCACAAUUAACGCCUAUAACUUUGAUCGUGAUUUGAACAGGCCACAUGGUGUGCCGUUCAAGUUCGUUCUCAAACCGGGCGAGGUCUUCAAAGAAACAAAGGAGAGGCUUUCCAAGCGGACUGGCAUCAAGGGUAAACAAUUUGAAAAGAUCAAGUUUGCUGUGGUUCCUCGUUCACUAUACUCAAACCCGCGAUAUCUUGAAGACGAUGAUAUCCUUUCCGACAUUGUCGGCGAUUCUGACGACCUCCUUGGCCUCGACCAUGUAAAUAAGAACCGCAGCUUUUGGAACAGAAGUGAGUCGUUUUUCAUCCGAUAG